AUGCCUGUGGCCCUGACCUCGCGCAACCUAACCACCGGUGACACCCUGAUGCCACCAAGCUACAUCACUAGCCCCUCCGGCGACUUCGCCUUCGGUUUCCGCGCCCUUGACUCCGACACAUCCAGCUUCCUCCUAGCAAUAUGGUUUCACUUUGAUGGUACAGUCGUUUGGUUCGCCACAGACGCGGGCUCAGGCUCCGCUGUGGUUGCCGCAGGGCAGUCUGUUCUUAGCCUCACCGCCGCCGGCCAACUCUCGCUGUCUGACCCCGACGGCAACACUGCAUUAUGGAACCCUAUCCAAAUCUAUGGCUCCCUUCUCGUGCUGCGAGACAACGGCAACCUCCAAUUCAUUGGUGCCGGUGGUAGCCCUGUUGUCUGGGAAAGCUUUCAAUACCCCACAGAUACUCUACUCCCAGGCCAGUCUAUGCGCCCUGGAACAAAUCUUCGGUCCAGGAGAGCAGACAUGGGCUUUUCCCUCGGCCAUUUCAGCUUCAAUGUGCAGAGAGAUGGAAACAUAGUCAUGUACAUGACGGGCCUACCAGGAGACUCCAGCCCCGUUAACGCCUACUGGAACACCGGUACUUCACGUGCUCAAGACGGGAACACGACCCUCUUCUUCGACGUCGAGCCUGCAGGACACCUCUACUACAUACUCACGGAUGCCAGUAAGCACAACUUGACAACCCCCCAGUUCUUGCAUUCCACCACUAGCAGUUUCUACCAACAUGCCAGGCUCGAACCAGACGGCAUCUUUCGUGUCUACAUCAUCCCCAAAAGCACCACCAUUGGCAACGCCACAUGGGCUAUCGUGGAUCAGUUACCAACUGAUGGCUGCAAAACAAUAACCACUGGAUUGCAUGGUAUGUGCGGACCGAAUUCAUACUGCAUAUAUCGUACUAACAAGCAGCGCAUCGACUGCGAGUGCCCAAUUGGUUAUGUCUUCGUGGACCCGCAGUUUAGGUACAAGGGCUGCAUUCCAGCAUUUCCUCCGGACAGUUGUGACGGGAAGAACCAUUCUGCUGAGUUCAAGCUCAUGGAGUUGCCCAACACAAACUGGGUAAACUCAGUAUUCUACAAGAGGCACACAUUAACAACAGAGGAGCAGUGUCGCAACUUGUGCCUGAAUAGCUGCUUUUGUGCAGCCGCAUUGUUCGAUGGAAAAAACUGCUCGGAGAUCGGGAUGCUCCUAACUGGGUGGCAAACAAAUGACACAACUACAAGGACACUGGUGAAGGUGCGAACAAGAGGACCCCCUCUUCAGAUACUACCUUAUGUAGUCAUUGCUGUCUUAGCCAUGCUAUUUUUGGCCACUGCUUGCAUCCUCUUGGGGUAUUGCUAUAUUACCAAGAAAGCAAGAAAGAAUUUGCUAAGUGCAAGAGUUUUCACUCGCAAGGAGCUCUGUCGAGCAACCAAUGGCUUCGACAAGUUGUUGGGCCAAGGGGGCUUUGGCAAAGUUUACCAUGGCUUUGUUAAAUCUCUACAACCACCUGAUGUUGCAGUGAAGCAACUUAGCAGCAUAGAUGAGUACAGAGAAAAGGAAUUCGAGAAUGAGGUGCAGUCAAUUGGUCGCAUCCACCAUAAGAACCUGGUUCGAAUGGUUGGAUACUGUAAGGAAGGGGUGCACCGAAUGCUCGUGUUCGAGUUCAUGCCGGGAGGCUCGCUUGGUGAGUUCCUCUUCAAGUCCGAGAGGCCGUCUUGGAGCUGGCGUGCUGAGGCUGCAGUAGCCAUUGCGAGGGGGCUGGAAUACCUACACUACGGGUGCACCUCCCAAAUCAUCCACUGCGACAUCAAACCUGACAACAUACUAUUGGAUAGCAAGUAUGCCCCGAAGAUAACGGACUUUGGGAUUGCCAGGCUCCUCGGCGACAACAAGGUGAAGCAAACAAUCACUCAUGUUCGAGGUACGUUAGGCUAUCUUGCACCGGAGUGGUUCAACAAUGAGAGGCAGGUGGACAGCAAGGUGGACGUGUUCAGCUUCGGCAUUGUGCUUCUAGAGAUGAUCUGCUGCAAGAAGCACCCGGACCAGGAUGGGCCACGACGUGACGACGACCACUCGGACCUAGGCAUGGCUGUGACACUAAGAGCCUGGGUAGCGGACCUGAUUAGAGAAGACAACAUUGAGCGUAUUGUGCAGGGAGACAGCGACGCCCUACAGGACCUGCAGAGGGUGGAGAGGUUCGCGCGCGUCGCGAUUUGGUGCGUGCAGGUGGAUCCGUCGACGAGGCCAACGAUGCGGAACGUGGUGUGGAUGCUGGAGGGUGCCAUGGAUGUUGACCCUCUACCUGACCCUCCAAGGACUCUCGACUUCUCUGCGACGACCCUCUCCGCUAGCAGCGGCAGUGGAAGUGGAACCCAUGAUCACUCCAGUAGUAUGACUGAGUGA